AGAAACUUGGAACCUUUCUGUACCAAUAGAACAAGCCCACAUUUCUCUCACUCUUUGGUUAGUGCUCCGAUAUUUAUUCCGAAAAAACUGCAAAUAUCAACCAACCCCAUUUUACAAUUUUUCUCUCACAUCUCAAAUUUCUCAGGCACCCUUUAAAAAUGAAUUUGUUAUGGCAAUCUUUGUUUCUUGUUUUGCUAAUCUUUCAAGGACCAAUUUGCAAUUGUUCAUCAAUUUAUGAUCUUUUUGAAAAUUGGUGUCAGCAACAUGGAAAAACAUAUUCUUCAGAACAAGAAAGGGUGUAUAGAUUUAAGGUUUUUGAAGAAAACUAUGCUUAUAUUACAGAGCAUAAUAGUAAAGGGAAUUCCAGUUAUACCCUAGGUCUUAAUGCUUAUUCUGAUCUUACUCAUCAUGAGUUUAAGAAAUCUUUCUUGGGGUUGUCAUCUUCUGCUAAUGAGUUUAUUAGAUUGAAACAUGGAGAUUCUUCUUUUGGUGGUGUUUUGAGUGAUGUUGGUGAUGUUGAUAUUCCUUCUUCUUUGGAUUGGAGAGAAAAAGGAGCUGUUACUAAUGUUAAAAAUCAAGGAAGUUGUGGUGCUUGCUGGUCAUUCUCAGCCACUGGUGCAAUCGAAGGUAUCAAUCAGAUUACCACUGGAUCUCUUGUUAGCCUCUCUGAGCAGGAGUUAAUUGAUUGCGACAGAAGUUACAAUGAUGGUUGUGGAGGUGGAUUAAUGGACUAUGCUUUUGAAUUUGUCAUAAAGAAUGGUGGCAUUGACACUGAAAAGGAUUACCCUUUUAGAGAAAGGGAAGGAACAUGCAACAAAAAUAAGCUACAAAGACGUGUUGUGACCAUUGAUGGAUAUACUGACAUUCCUCAAAAUGAUGAGGACGAGCUUCUAAAGGCGGUGGCAACUCAACCUGUGAGUGUUGGGAUAUGUGGCAGUGCGAGAGCAUUUCAAUCAUAUUCGAAGGGGAUAUUCACUGGGCCGUGCUCUACAUCACUAGAUCAUGCAGUACUGAUUGUUGGAUAUGGUUCCGAAAAUGGACUUGAUUACUGGAUCAUAAAGAAUUCAUGGGGAACAAGCUGGGGAAUAAAUGGUUAUAUGCACAUGCAGCGUAAUACUGGGAAUCAAGAAGGGAUCUGUGGGAUAAAUAUGCUAGCUUCCUAUCCAACUAAGAGUAGCCCAAAUCCACCAACUCCUCCAGCUCCUAGUCCAUCUAAAUGCAGUACGUUUACCUCAUGUGGUCAAGGUGAAACCUGCUGCUGUGGUUGGAGGUUUAUCGGAGUAUGCCUUUCUUGGAAAUGUUGCGGUUUGGAUUCAGCAGUUUGUUGUAAUGAUGGACGCCACUGUUGCCCACAUGAUUAUCCAAUUUGUGACACAAGUCGGAACCUUUGCCUCAAGCGAAUGAGCAAUGCUACUACAGUGCAACAGUCUCAGAGGGAAGCAUUUACCGGGAAAUUCGGAGGUCUCAAUUACCCUUUCUAGGCGUAGGAGCUUGGCAAAACGUCAUUAUCUUUUAGCCAUAUUCAUGAUUUUGCGGAUUUACACUAUGUGGGGGUACAUACACAUCUACCCCUUAGUAAUUACAUAUUAAUGUUGUUGUGAGAUAUAAUUUUGUAUAUGUAAAAACUGAUGUAGUUGCUGCUAGUGAGACGAUAAUUACCACUAUAACUCUUGUAUCACAUUAUCAGCUUGCGUUUUAGUAGUA